ACAAAACUUUCUUUUUUUUGCUUUUUUUUUUGCCCAAAAACAUUUCAAAUCUUUCUUUCAACGGCUACUUUUCACACUUUCCCCCCUUUCUCUCUCCUCCGAACUCUUCACAUCUCUGUCUUCUUCAUCUUCUGCUUCAGUUUUCUCUCUCCAGAAAGUUGCAGAGAGUAGCAAUCAAUCAAUAAUGAAGCAUUUCAUGCUCCCAAAAUCACCUUCUCCAUUAUCGGAGCUUUCCACUCCACCAAACCCUAACCCUAACCCUAAUUCACAGAAGUCGAAAUCAUCCAGUCAUCUUCGCAAGCAGAAAUGCCCUCCUAGAGACAAAGAAAACUCGGAUCCUUCCGAUGUGAUUACCGGAAAACCUUCGCCGGCGGGGAAGUUGAAGAGUCCUCUUCCGCCGCGACCACCUUCUUCUAAUCCUCUGAAGCGCAAGCUCAGUAACGAUGCUAUUUUGGAUGUCGUUGUUGGAGGACCUUCCACUUCUUCGUCUAUUGAUUCUGGGGUUAAGGUGGUAGUGCGAAUGAGGCCAUUAAACAAGGACGAGCGAGAUGGGGAAAUGAUAGUUAAGAAAAUCUCAAACGAUUCUUUGAUAAUCAAUGACCAUACCUUCACGUUUGACUCUGUGGCUGAUAUGGAGGCAACCCAGCUAGACAUUUUCCAGCAUGUAGGAGCUCCUCUUGUUGAGAACUGUCUUGCUGGGUUCAACAGUUCUGUGUUUGCUUAUGGACAGACGGGCAGUGGAAAAACGUAUACAAUGUGGGGACCUUCCAAUGCUUUGCUGGAAGACAACCUAGCAAAUGAACAACAGGGUUUAACACCUCGUGUUUUCGAACGGCUUUUUGCUAGGAUAAAUGAGGAACAAGUUAAGCAUGCAGGAAAACAACUUACGUAUCAGUGUCGUUGUUCUUUUCUUGAGAUUUACAAUGAACAAAUUACUGAUCUGUUGGAUCCAAGUCAGAAGAAUCUUCAGAUAAGGGAAGAUGUCAAAUCGGGAGUUUAUGUGGAAAAUCUGACAGAAGAGUGUGUAUCAACAGCUAAGGAUGUGAUUCGGCUUUUGUUGAAGGGACUGUCACACCGUAGAACAGGGGCAACAAGUAUAAAUGCAGAAAGUUCACGUUCACAUAGUGUUUUCACUUGUUCGGUUGAAUCACAAUGCAAGAGCAUGUCUGAUGGCCUGAGUAGUUUAAAGACAAGUAAAAUAAAUUUAGUUGAUCUUGCCGGGUCAGAAAGGCAAAAGUUAACUGGUGCAGCUGGAGAGCGGCUGAAAGAAGCAGGCAAUAUCAACCGAUCCCUUUCACAGUUGGGGAAUUUGAUAAAUAUUCUUGCUGAAAUCUCCCAAACUGGAAAGCAAAGGCAUAUUCCGUAUAGAGACUCCAGAUUGACAUUUUUGCUUCAGGAAUCUCUGGGUGGUAAUGCAAAAAUGGCAAUGAUUUGUGCUAUUUCUCCAGCCCAAAGCUGUAAGAGUGAGACAUUUAGCACAUUGAGGUUUGCACAGCGUGCAAAGGCCAUUAAAAACAAGGCUGUUGUUAAUGAAGUUAUGCAAGAAGAUGACGUCAAUUUUUUAAGAGAAGUGAUAAGGCAACUUAAGGAUGAACUACUCCGAAUGAAGGCAAAUAAAAACCAAAGUGAUCCAAAGGCUGCAUACGCAAACAGUUGGAAUGCACGCAAAAGUUUAAGUCUCCUGAAGCUCAGCCUCAACCACCCAAUGGUGUUGCAUCAUUUAGAUGCUGAUGGUGAUGAGGAGAUGGAAAUUGAUGAGGAGGCUGUUGAGAAACUUUGCAAUGUUGUUCGUCAACAUUCAAAUGGCCUUGAAAUUAGCCAACGCAAAGAUGGAUGUAAUGAGAAGCAAAGCUCUGAAGUAUCAGAUGUGAGUAUGGAAGAGGGAAUUUCAGAAAUAGAUGAUAAUGAUAUCAUUGUAGAUGGAGGAGCAAUCCAGUCUGCCGAGGGAAAUGACGCCAUAAAGAUAGAAGAGAAGGUUGUGAGUGAAUCGCCAUGCAAGCUAAUUGAGGAUGGUUCUACAUUCUUGGUGUCUUCAUCAGAUAUAGUGGAUGCUGAGGCCACAAAUAAUCCUUCAAAUGGCUCCCUGGAUGUUUCCCCUAUUCUGCCAUCUCCCCCUCCGAGUGUUUCCCCAAGAAUGGUUAGCAGUAGUAGGAAGAGUCUAAGAACUUCAUCAAUGCUAACUGCGUCUCAGAAAGACAUAGAAGGCUUUGGAGUAGGUAAGAAUGAUGCUCAUGCAUCAUUGGCGAAAUCUUUUCAAAGGAACUCCCAGCUUGCCCUGGCUAUUAUCUCAGGCAAUACUGCACGUAGCACUUCUGAACAUUUGGCAGCUAGCGUUCAUCAUGGUCUUGAGAUCAUUGAUAAUCAGGGGAAGAGUUCUGCUUUCAGGAAAUCAACAUUCCGGUUGUCUUUCAAGCCUACAGAACUGAAGUCGAUAUUACCUAUUGAGAAAGUUGAUGUAGGUAUUCAAACUCUACCAGACUCUAUUGAGAUGCCAGUAAUAGAUGGCAUGAGCUACCUAUGUAGUAAUUGCAAGAACAAGUCUAUUCACGGAGAUGUAAAAGAAGUGAAUGACCCCUCAAAUCUUCAGUUGGUUCCUGUGGAUAGGUCAGUGGAAAAGCCCAAGAAUCAUGUUCCGAAGGCUGUAGAGAAAGUUCUGGCUGGAGCGAUUAGGAGAGAAAUGGCGCUUGAGGACUUCUGUGGCAAGCAAACUUAUGAGAUUGCACAACUAAAUCGUCUGGUUCAGCAGUACAAACAUGAAAGGGAAUGCAAUGCAAUUAUAAGUCAAAUGCGAGAGGAUAAAAUAAUUCGCCUUGAGAACCUUAUGGAUGGUGUGUUACCUACUGAGGACUUCAUGGAAGAAGAAUUCAUAUCUGUUCGCAGAGAACAUGAGCUACUCAAGGAGAAAUAUGAAAACCAUCCCGAGGUCUUGGAAACCAAAAUUGAGUUAAGAAGAGUUCAGGAAGAGUUGGAGAGAUUGCGAAGCUUCUUUGAUAUGGGCGAGAAGGAUAUCCUAGUGGAGGAAAUUCAUGAUUUAAGGAGCCAGCUUCAAUAUUAUACAGAUAGUUCACCCAUGGCUGCUAGGCAACGCAAGUCUCUUUUGAAGUUGACUUACCCCUGUGAACAGAGUUCAUCUCAACCACUGGACCCAACACCAGAAUCAACUAAGGACAAUGCUUUCGAACAGGAAAGGAUUCGGUGGACCGAGGUGGAAAGUCAAUGGAUAUCUCUAGCAGAAGAGCUAAAAAUGGAACUUGAAUCUAGUCGUUAUCAAACUGAAGAGCUUGGGCGAGAACUAGAGUCAGAAAGGAAGUGCUCAGAGGAGCUAAAAGAAGCCCUGCAGUUGGCAAUGGAGGGUCAAGCACGUAUGCUAGAACAGCAUGCAGACCUUGAGGAGAGACAUAUUCAAAUGCUUGCAAGGCGUAGACAGAUGCAAGAAGGAAUAGACGAUGUUAAGAAAGCAGCUGCCAAAGCCGGGGUCAGAGGGGCAGAGUCAAAGUUUAUCAAUGCCCUUGCAGCAGAGGUUUCAGCAUUGAAAGUUGAAAGAGAUAGGGAGAGGCGGUAUUUCAGGGAUGAAAACAAAAUGCUUCAAUCUCAACUAAGAGACACCGCAGAAGCUCUGCAGGCUGCCGGAGAAUUACUUGUACGCCUGAAAGAAGGUGAAGAAGCAGUAGCUGCUGCCGAGAGGCGUGCAGCUGUUGCAGAAGAAGAAACUGAGAAGUCUCAGAAGCAGAUUGAUGAAUUAAAGAAAAAGCACGAAACUGAAAUUAGUACAUUGAAUCAAAUUAUUGCUGACUCCCGUGUACCAAAAGAGCCUUUACAAAAAGAAUCAUAUCAUGAAUCCAGUGUGGCUAAAUUUGAUGCUGAGGAGGAACACAGUGCUGGUGAUGAGCGGUGGAAAGAAGAGUUUCAGGCAUUCUAUAACAACGGAGACGAUGAGUUGUCAUCUAAAUUCACAGAUCCUUCUUCGUGGUACUCUGGAUACGACAGAUGCAACAUAUAGGUAGGAAAUUCAGUUGCUUCUCUGUAUGUAAAAUUUACUAACAGUUUAUUUGUUAUAUAUUAUUUCGAUAUAGUGUACCUUGUAUUGCUUACCAAGGGAUAUAGGUUAGAAAUCCUCACCAUUUGUGAGGCCCAAUGUUAUUUCUUACCUCUUUUGUAAUCCAAUGUAUUCAAAUUGAGUUGCCUCAGUUAUAAGAUUCAAAUUUCUGUA